AUGUAUGCCCGUUCAGUGCCUUUGUCCGCGGAAGCUGCGAGGAGGCUUGAGGAGGACGUGAAGGUUAAGGCGUCUACUCCGGAGGAACGAGAUCAGGAGCUGAAGGAGCAGGGUGAGGAGCUGACAGUCGUGAGGGGAGGCGCUUCUCUUCGUCAUUCUCAGGCCCCGGCUGAGGAUGAGACGGAGGAGGAGAGAGCCCUCUUGACCCGGGCGGAUUCGAUUCAAUACAUACGGGUUUUGGGAGGUGACUCUGUUGUUGCCACCGAGGAUACCUACAACUCCACUGUGGCCCAGCUCAAGUUGAAGAAUCCUGGGGUAGAGCUGGUGACCGAGGGCACCGUGCCAUAUCAUCGUGUGGAAGGCGACCAAAUCAUCUCUCUAGAUUUUGAGGAAGAGCCAGCAACCUAG